UGUGUCCAUGACUAAUAUGUUGUUAUCUGGACUGUUCUGAAGAAAAAAAAUCUGUGGAUACUGUUGGUCUGAGUUGGGUACAGAAUGGCUGAGGCAGAACCAUUCUUAGCAGAUGGCAAUCAGGAAUUAUUUCCCUGUGAAGUCUGUGGAAGACGCUUUGCAGCAGAUGUUCUGGAAAGGCAUGGACCAAUAUGUAGAAAACUGUUCAACAAAAAGCGUAAAGCUUUUUCAUCCUUAAAACAAAGAUUACAGGGCACUGACAUUCCCACUGUGUGGAAGGCUCCUCAAUCCAAGCCUCAACCCAUGAGAAAAUCUAACUGGAGACGACAACAUGAAGACUUCAUUAAUGCGAUUCGAUCAGCAAAGCAGUGUACACUAGCCAUUAAAGAAGGCCGGCCUCUCCCACCUCCACCCCCUCCGUCCAUCAGCCUAGAUUAUAUUCAAUGUCCAUAUUGUAUGAGGAGAUUUAAUGAAACCGCCGCUGAUCGACACAUUAAUUUCUGCAAGGAUCAAUCUUCUCGCCGAGUCUUUGAUCCAGCCCAGGCAGCAGCCAAAUUGGCAUCCAGGGUACAGGGUAGGGUUCAGAUGAGUCCAGAAAAAGGAACAACUGUAACCAGUGCCGUGGGAGCUCUGCUGCAGAACAGGGCCCAGGAGGCCAGUGUGGUCCCAACCAGGCCAGGAUUAGCAGUGGACCCUGCUUCUGGAGCAAAAUUCAGGCAAGGAUUUACUAAAUCUUCUAAAAAAAAGAUUAACUCCUAGAGGCCAGGUAAGAAAAAAAAAAAAAAAAUUUACCUCUAAUCCAGGUGUUGCCGAUCAUCCAAUGGGCAAGACAGUUAAUGAGCCUUUAAGAGAAUGAAUCCAUAGCAGGCCAAUCAAAGAGGAAUUUGGACAAAUCCUGAUUUGGGUUACUAAAAUGUAUGUUCUUGAAAUUUACUCUUCUGUUAAACAUAUAGUUUGAAAUGACAUUCAGUUUUUGUUUCUUGGAUUUAACAGGAAAGGGGAAUGAUUCUUCAUUUUGUUUCUUGGAUUUAACAGGAAAGGGGAAUGAUUUUUCAUUUUGACCUGGAAGGUUACUGCCCUGUCCCUUUUUCCAAACAAGGACAGUUCCCUGAGAUUGACACUGAAUAGGACUGCUAUGAAGUUGGAGACUUUUUGAUAUGUGAAUUGUUAAAACAAUUGAAAAUUUAAAGAGGCCUAUAUUACUUAACAUUCUCAAUGUGGAAACAACGGAGUUCUAAAGUAAGUGCCUUUUCUUUCUGCUUCCGGACUGGCUCCCUGGAAGUCCUCGGCCUGGAUGGCUGUGUACCCAGGAAAGCCGCCUAAGGGGAGGGAAGGGGAGACGUCUGUUUACAUGCCCGUGGUUUCUCUCGAGACAUCAUGUAGGACAAGU